AUGAGUAAGGCCCUGGACCGCAUCUCUCAGUCACCCUUCACGCGCAGGAUAGAGGGGCCUGAACUUCCUCGGCAGUUCCACCAACCCACUUUCGCCAUAUAUAAUGGUCGGACGGACCUCGUAGAGCACGUAAACCAGUUUAACCAGAGGAUGACCGUCCAUUCCAGAGAUGAAGCUUUGAUGUGCAAGGUGUUCCUGUCCAGUUUGGAACCCAAGGCGAUGAGGUGGUUUGACAGCCUCAAGCCAAACUCCAUAAAUUCUUUUAAGCAGCUAACCCAGGAUUUCGGUUCUCGCUUCAUAAAGAGCAGUAGGGUUCCUCGGCCCUUAGAUUCCCUCCUGUCCUUAUCCAUGCGAGAAGGAGAGACCUUGAAGGCCUACUCAGAUAGGUAUUGGGAAAUGUAUAACGAGAUAGAAGGAAAUUAUAAUGACGUCACCAUCAGCACCUUCAAGAGAGGCCUGCCAACAGAGCACGGUUUAAGGAAAUCCCUGAUUGGGAAACCGGUCACCAGCGUGAGCCAGCUUAUGAACCGAAUCGACAAGUACAAGAGGGUCGAAGAGGACCAACAGACGGGGAAGGGUAAAGCGAAGAUUGUCCUUUAG